GGGCACUACUGAGAAUUUAACGUUGGUGUAUGUCAAAUUCUGAAUUACAACCAACACAGCAGCCAGUGUCAACAAUGGACCUUCAUCGAGCUAGUAUCCUCAACCACAUGGAUUAUAACACUGAUGGUCGACAUUCUAAGGAUAGGAAAGUGCAAUCUAUCAACGAAGAGCGGCUGGACAGCGGCCUUGACUCUCUCAAAGACGAGGAAUAUGAAGUUGUCGCCAGUGAGCUCGAGCGUCUUCGUGUGGAUUGUCCCCCACCGCAGAGAGACGAAUGCGGCAAUGAACCCUGGAAGGAACAAGUUUUAGAGGACGGAGACACGUAUGUUGAGAAACUAUAAUAAAAUCAAUGGACAUUCAAGUUGUUUCCAUAUCAGAAGUUAGUUACAUGAAAUCGACUUUAAAAAAAUGUUUUUUUGUUAUUUCUAGGUUAUACAAUAAGCUUAUUUUUGUAGUCGAGUAAUUAUAGCGCAAUUGUGGUUGUCUUCCUGUGUGCAAAAGUUACGUUUGCGUUUGCAUGCAAAGUAGCUUCUAAACAAUGCACAAGGAAGGUAUUGGCCUUAGUGGGCUUUACGAAAACAAACCUUUCAGAACGGAAUGUACUAUGGCCAGGGGUCAAAGAAGGCGGCGCUCACACUUUGCCAGCUGGGAAAGUCCCGGGCCUCGUGCCAGAAACCUGAUAAAACUGCAACGUGCGCAAGUGCGUCAAGCAACCACUAGUAGAAAUAGAUUGAGGGAAGGGUGUGACGCCUGUUUUAAGUGCUGCCUGUUUUAAUCGUUAUAUAUGUCGUAUUCAUGAGUCAUCUGAGCAGUUAAUAAUUCCCCAUUUUUUUUUCUAUGCAGGCUUCUCCACCUUGCCAUUAUACAUGAAGCCAAGGACUGUGCAAGGAAGUUGAUCGAGCUGUCAUGCAAUGAGCCUUUCCUCAAUCAACAGAACUACCAGAGACAGGUAAAUACAGCUAAAACCUGCACAAUUACAGUAAUGCAUAAAUAGAAUACAAGGUGUGUAUGAAAAAUGUAUGCACUCACUAACUGUAAGUCGCUCUGGAUAAGAGCGUCUGCUAAAUGACUAAACAUGUAAAAUGUGUGUGUUUGUGUGAGAGAGAUCGAGAGAGGGUCGAGCGAGAGACUCAUAUAUGUUUUUACAUUUUAGUCAUUUAGCAGACGCUCUUAUCCAGGGCGACUUACAGUUAGUGAGUGCAUUCAAUGUAUUUUUUUUUUCAUACUGGCCCCAGUUCCUAACCAUACCUGUCCUGCUCCCCUAUACAGACUCCUCUCCAUCUGGCUGUGAUCACAGAGCAGGCUGAGAUAGUGGAGCGUCUGCUGAAGGCUGGCUGUGACCCCAUGCUAGUGGACGACAGUGGCAAUACAGCCCUCCACAUUGCAUGUAGGAGGGGCUCGCUCACCUGCUUCAGUGUCCUCACCCAGACCCAGGGCUGCUCUACCCAGCUCCCAGCCAUCAUGGCCACGCCAAACUACAGUGGUAAGACACUGAAACAUUUCUAGUUUAUUUUCUGUUACUUGUUUCAGCUGGUGGGGAACCUGUGGCCAUACUGGAACUAAGCAAUUACAAAAAUAAUGUGUAACAACAAUGUUACUGUAGUAAUUACACAGGUAUAAGAGCAACUUAAUGUAAAGUAUUACCCUGUUCUCUGACCAUUGGUCUUCCUCUGCUCUCUGUUUCAGGUCAGAACUGUUUGCAUCUGGUCUCUAUCCAUGGCUUUCUCUCGCUAGUGGAGAGCCUUGUUGCUCUAGGAGCUGACAUCGAUGCACAGGUAGGCUAUGCAGCAAGUUAGCCUUUUUUCAACCCCACCCUCACAAUAGUCCAUUUGAUUAUGUCAUUCACAUUUCCUAAAAAGCACCCAAAUGCUGUGUAUUUCCCAUUAACUUAUUUGGCAUUGUUUGUCCCUUGGAUUCCAGGAGCAGUGUAAUGGCCGCAGCCCUCUCCACCUGGCUGUGGACCUACAGAACCUGGACUUGGUACGGCUCCUGGUCAGUAACGGGGCUAACGUCAACAGCCUGACCUAUGGAGGUCACACGCCGUACCACCUGACCUACGGACGCCAGAACGCCGCCAUCCAAAGGGAACUGUAUGAGCUGACGGCUCAGGAGCUGAGAGAACUGCCAGACAGCGAGUCUGAAGACAGUGAGGAAGAGGGACAGUCUGAUGAGGAAGAGGUGAGUGUGACUGAACUGAUGUGAGUGUAUGUGAGGCAUCUCUACUGUGUGUGAUUGCUUAUGUAGUGUAGGGUUUUUCCAUAUCGUUUUGUAGUGAAACAGCUGUGAAAACAGUUCAGCAUAUCUAGCUGUAUGUCAUGAGUGAACCUAGCAGAUUCGAUGUUUUAGAUAGUCAUAAGUUAACUUUGGCUCUAAUCCACCUUCUCCUUUCCUUUCGCAGGUAACAUGUUGGUAUGAUGACAUUCAAUGGAAUGGGCACAAGUAGGAAGUAGACCAAAGAACCUGUAGAGAACGGUAGUACAGACAGAGAGAACCUCUCCUGCCCACAGGCUCUAGCAAUGGUACAGUGGCAUGCCCAGCAGUGGUGCCAACCUCAGAGGUAGAGGAUGGCAAAAGGCUGGGGUACAACACCCCAGGACUGACGACGUGAUGAUGGACAGUGUGAACCAAUGAGAAGAUGACAAAUAUACAAAAUGGAUGCCAAUAAAUAAUGGUCUUUAUGGCUCUAUGAAAGAUACUCAUUAUCACAAAGCAAACAUCCAACCAAUGAUGUAAUAGCAUCUGCAUGUAUUAUAUUGUAAAUGGCUGUGAAUACAAAUACAUAUUUUUUUUUAUAACUAACUGUAAAUGUAUAAAGUUUGACAUUACUGUAAAUGCUUUCCAUUGCUUGUGGAAAGGUAAAGCAAGCCACACACUCCAGUAAAUUAAAACAUGACAUUUAACUUUGCCUUGAUUUCUGGUGUUUUUCCAUCAGUGUUGGAGAUAGUGAUGAAAAAAUGUGCUUUUUUUUCUCCAUUACUUGAAAGUACAGGCAACAUGCCCAAUGGACUAUUUGGAAAGUGACCAUAUAUCUCUGAGAC